GCUUCCGUUGAGCAUCGAGCAAGAUGGCGGCCUCCGAGACGGUUAGGCUACGCCUUCAAUUUGAUUACCCGCCGCCAGCCACCCCGCAUUGCACGUCCUUCUGGCUUCUCAUCGACUUGAACAGAUGCCGAGUAGUCACAGAUCUCAUCAGUCUCAUCCGCCAGCGCUUCGGCUUCAGUUCUGGGGCCCUCCUGGGCCUCUACUUGGAGGGGGGGCUCUUGCCCCCAGCCGAGAGCGCGCGCCUGGUACGAGACAACGACUGCCUCAGAGUUAAAUUGGAAGAGAGAGGAGUUGCUGAGAGUCCUGUAACAGUUAGUAAUGGUGAUAGUACUCGUUUAUUACCUAGAAAAGCAAAGAAGCGGGCAUUUAAGUUGGAGGAAGAUGAAGAAACCGAACUAGAUUACAAAAAUUCAAAGAAGCAUUGGAAGAGGCAUGAGAACAAUAACAGUGAGAAGACCUUGGAUCUAGAACCAAAAGCUGUCCCAGAUCAGAGUGUGAGUAAAAAAAACAAGAGGAAAAACAAAGCCACAUGUGGUGUAGUGGAUGCUGAUGAUGGAGAGACCAAAAGAAAAUCACCAAAGAAAAAGGAGAAAUGUGAAUAUAAAAAGCAGGCAAAGACUCCCAAGUCUUCUAAAGCACAGUCAGUGAAAGAGUGGACCAUCCUGAAGUACAGUCCUCCAAAAGGUCCUCCUGCUAGAAGCAGCCUUGUGAAAGCCAAAAGAAAAGGUGGCACAGGCAUUCGUACAAAAGAGAGUCCCGAUUCCUCCUCAGAGUCUGAGUCUUAUCAUGAAUCAACCAGUGAUGGUCUCAGCAAUGUCAUCUUGGAGGUCAGACAUUCCCCAGAGAAAAUCUCGACUGAAGUCUCAAAGGAAGGAUCCUCUAUGAAAACCACAACUGUAAACAAAGUGGCUGCAGAAACUGGUUUUACCUCUACCCCCGUCAAGGGCAAGACCUCCAGAACAUCAUCUUCUAGUUCAGACUCUAGUUCAGAGUCAGAUGACCAAUGUGUGAUGUCAAAGAGUACCCCGGUGUGUACUGCAGAUUUCUUAAAGACUGUAGGUCUCUUUGCAGGAAAACGUCCAGGGCCAUCCUCACAGGUUCCAAAUGCUGCUGGAUGGAAGCAGUCGGACUCAAAUGGUGGCAGACAGGCCCUUGGUCCUCCUCCCAAUAUGACUCUCCCCAUCACUUUGGGAAGAGGUUGGAGUAGGGGAGAGGACCUUCUUUCUUGGAAGGGAGCGAGGGGUCGGGGUAUGAGGGGCAGAGGUCGAGGACGAGGGCAUGCUGUUCCCUGUGUUUUAAAUAGAAAUGCUGAUUAUCAGAAGCAACAGCAGUUGAAUGAAAUGGUGACAAACUCAUCUACUGUUAUCCAGAAUCCCAUAGAGACACACAAGAAGGACUACAGUCUCUUACCGCUUUUAGCAGCUGCCCCUCAAGUUGGAGAAAAGAUUGCAUUUAAGCUUUUGGAACUAACAUCCGAUUAUUCUCCUGAUGUUUCUGACUACAAGGAAGGAAAAAUAUUAAGCCAUAAUCCGGAGACCCAGCAAGUAGAUAUAGAAAUUCUUUCAUCUUUACCUGCCGUGAAAGAACCUGGGAAAUUUGAUUUGGUUUAUCACAACGAAAAUGGAGCCGAGGUAGUGGAGUAUGCUGUGACACAGGAGAAGAGGAUCACCGUUUUUUGGAGAGAAUUAAUUGAUCCAAGACUGAUUAUCGAAUCUCCAAGUAACACAAAGUGCGGAGCUUCCCUGAGUAUGAUAUCUCCACCUCCUGGUUUAUAAAUGUCUUAUUUGUGAAAGUGACUAUAAUCUGAACUUUUUUUU